CAAAAUAUUUGCCCAAGAAUCGUAUGAAUCGACAGCAGGAGAAAUGAUCCAGUAACAGUGUGACAAGGUACAGUAUAUUUAUGCAGCCAAACAGACACGUGUUUAUGAAACUGUCCAGAAAAGAAUAUUGAAUAGGGUUCGAUGUAAAACGGGGUUAAAACAAUCCGCGCGAGGCGCCACAUGGAUUCAUCACAUCAUGACACAUGUUGUUCCAGGAAGCAAGAGCGCGCGCGUGUGUGUGUGUGUGUGUGUGUGUGUGUGUGUGCGUGUUGCACAUGAUCUCAGCAGCAGCUUGCUGUGGGGGAUGAAGAAGAGUGAUGAGCCCUGAGCAGCUCAGUCAGGGAGUGAUGAGCGCUGCUCAUUGGCGUGUGUCGGCCGCUCAAGCGCGACUUCCUCUUCCUCGGCGCCCAGCCUCUUUCGCGGACAGUCAGUGUGUGUGUGUCACUGUGUGUGUGUGUGUGUGUGUGUGUGGGCGCCGAAGGGACCGCAGGCUGCGAAAGGGCGAUUGAAUCGCGCCGCGCUCACGAACGAACCGCGAUGGAAGCCGUCAGCGCGUCGCCGCCGCCGCCGCCGGCGCUCUCCAUGCUCGACUACGUGGCGUCGCUGGAGCGCGACUCCCUGCCCCGGGUCCUGCAGGUUUGCUCCGGGGUUUACUUUCAAGGAUCCAUCUAUGAGGUGUCAGGAAGCGAGGUGUGCCUGUCCACAGGGGAUCUGGUGAAGAUCAUUGGCACCGAGCUCCUGUCGGCAUGCUGCGAGGACAUCGGUACCAAGGAGAGGUCCGAGUUGCCCCUGGACCACGCAGGCCUCUUCAGACUGGUUCUGGAGGAGAGGCCCUACUCCACUGUGCAGGAGAUAGUUGAUGUGAUACCAGUGGAGCCCAAUGCCAACAGCUCCUUCAGCUUCACCUGCCAUCAUGAGCUAAGACUGGAGGACUGUGUGGUGCGGGCUGGGGAGGUGCUCACCAUCCUCUUGUUGGAGCAGCAGGAGGGAAGGGAGCCUCGCUUACGCUGCCGUGUGGAGGGGCGCCAGGGAGCGUCUUCAGAGGUUCUCCUCCCAAUAUCCUGCUGUGGGCAGUUCUAUGAGCACAAGAACAGCCAUGCCUAUUCACUUCGGACCAUCGUGGCGAAGCCCCGUCUCCUCAACCGCCACUUCUACCACCUCAGUGCCAAGGUGUCCGGGGGCCCAUUCCGCAUCAGCCCCAUAUAUCAGGUUCAGGCCAUCAUGCACUUAAGGAAGAAUGUGGUGAACUUUCCCUCCAGUUUGGAGGUGGAUGUCGUGGAUGUGACGGAGCAAUCUAGGGACAUAACAUUUGUGACCCCCUUGACACUAGCAGAGGUGAUGUCCCAGCCUCAGCAGUCAUUCCCCACCAUGGCUGAGGUGCUGGAAGGCCUGGAGGCCAAGCCGUUACUUAAAUGCCACUGGUCGAAGGGCCUACAAAAAGGGCAGCAACUGGUACUUCACGGCUGCCGAGACUCUGCCAUGGUGCUGGCCUCCACGCUGCCUGGCAAGCGGGCGCAGCAGCACUUCCUCAUUUCGCUGCGCUACGGUGGACGCCUCCGACUUCGACCCCGCGAGUUUGCCGCAGUCUACGAGUUGCACGUGGCUGCUCGCCGCAUGCCGGGACUCACCGUAACCGCAUCGAAGCACUCGGAGACCCUAGAAGAGGGCCUGAACUCAUUAAGUGCUGGCGACCAGCUGGAGGUGCUGCGCAGCCAGACUGUGGAGUUGCCGGGGGAUGGCAGGAAGCAGGUAACGGAAGUCCUGGUCUGCAGGCGCCUGCUCGAGGCAGAUGAGGACGAAGAUGAAGACGAAGAUGAGGAGAAAAGCGAAGAGGUCUACUUGCCUAUGUACUUGGAAGGGCCCUUUGUGGAGAAAAUCAAAGACAAAAAGAAAUACAGCCUGGCAAACAUGAUCCAGCGUUUCGCACUGCCACUGGAUGUCAAGGUUGCCACUCGGGACACGGACCUCCAGAGCGAUCCUCUCGCAGACUUCCCAGCCUUGCGGCUGAAGGAGGCAGUCAUGGAACCGGUAGUGGUGGCCAGUCUGCCCAGCAAACCGCUCGAGUGCUUUGAGUUGCCCAGCCGCUGGCUCAAACUGGCCCUGUGCCUCAGCGAGGACCCCCUGCCCUGGGCCAAGAGACCACCCCCGAAGGUGUGCUGCGAGACUGUCAUCGAGUUGACAGAAGCCUUUUACUAUGAGUUCCACAAACUCUCGGGGGAGUGCGAUGCCCCGCCACCCCUGCCACCCAAGCGGCCUGUGGAGCCACUCAAGCAGACAUCCAGAACCACAGCCAAGGACAAAAAAAAAUCACCUCUGUGCCACAGUGGCUCUCCACACACUGAGAUGCAUGCGUUAAAGCUGAGUGCCGAGAAUGUGUCGAAGAGACCUCCGCCACCUCCUCUGCCACCAGCUCCGGAGAGCUCAGAUAAGGCUCCUGCAGUAAUACCCAGAAAGGUAUCCUUGGUGGGUGCCGCCCCACCUUCAAACACCUACAGCAGGACUCCCCACCAGAAAAACCGAGCAAAGAGCAGCGACGAAGACUACGAAGUGAUAGACAAAAACAUGAGGAAAGCUCAGGAAAGUAUCAUGUUCUACUGAGUCAGCAACACGGUGCAGGAAUUCCACUUUGCUUGUUUCAGAACUCAUCUUAUAGCUUGUCACAGUGGAAAAAAUUUAGGAGGAAACAUUAAGUUCAGUAAAGAUCAUGCAAGAGAAAGGCUCACAAGUAGCGGUAUCACUUGUUAUACAUCACAACAGAUGUUAAAUAUUCAACAGGUAAUUGUGUCCCAGGUAUAACUGAACCGUAUUUCAAUUGAUUUUGCGUUUGUACUGAUGAUGUUAACGUGUAUAAACCAGAACUGCUGCACUCACUGGUCUGUAUGAGUUCAGCUCCUUGAGUAAAUGGAAAGUCUUUGCUGAAAGUUACCUUAAUGUCCAUUUUCCCAUAAGCUUUCACAACUGGCAAAGGUCCUGUACCAGAUGCUUUCCUUUUCAAAAUCAACAGGUGAACAGACCUUGAGUUUUUCCACCCAAACACAUGACAGUGAGCCUAGAGAUUUUCACACUUGCCUCAAUAAAAUAUCAGGUGGACUACUGCUAGUACUCAAUAUUGCCUAAUGUGCCACAGAAGGAUAAUGCUGUUUUACAAAUUAAUGCUGAAAUUAUAUUUUAGAAAAUGCAAUGAAUUCUGUAUGCAAAUGAGAGAUGUUUGUAAUGGCCACAAGAAAUGAGACACAGUAAGAAGGGGAUGUGCACCAGUCAAUUUUAGCAGUAUCUUUACAAAAAGUAAAA